AUCUUCGGCGUCGUGGGCAACCUCAUAGCCAUCGUGGUGCUCUGCAAGUCCCACAAGGAGCAGAAGGAGACCACUUUCUACACGCUGGUCUGCGGGCUGGCGGUCACCGACCUGCUGGGGACCUGCCUGGUGAGCCCGGUCACUAUCGCCACUUACCUGCAGAAUCGCUGGCCGGGAGGACCGGCGCUGUGUGAGUACAGCUCCUUCAUCCUCCUCUUCUUCGGGCUCUCUGGCCUCAGCAUUAUCUGUGCCAUGUCUAUAGAGAGGUAUCUGGCCAUCAACCAUGCCUAUUUCUACAACCACUACGUAGAUAAGAAGCUGGCAGGUCUCACGCUCUUCGCCAUCUACACUUCCAACGUGCUGUUCUGCGCCCUCCCCAGCAUGGGGCUCAGCAAAUCUACCUUGCAGUACCCCGAUACUUGGUGUUUCAUAGACUGGCGAGCCAAGGAGGCC